AACUUAUUAAAACUGUUUCUGACAAACCAUUCUCCUUACCAGCUGUUUCUGAUGAUAGCUCAGGUUAUAAAGAACUAAUAAAAUUAGAAGGAAGGUGGAUCAAAAAAAGAAAGCCUGAGGAGGAACUUGACUUUGAAUUCAAACAAAUAACUUUCACUAAAAUUGAAAUUACUGAAUAUUAUAAAGAGUUGGUUCUUAAAAAGCUUCAAAUGAAUGCGAUUAUUGACGAUAUUUACAAGAUUGAACAUUCUCAAAAGAUCGAUGGUUCAUUACCCUUAUAUAAUAUAAUCAUUAAUGAUCAACUUCAACUUAAAAAAAAUGAACUAGGCAAAACAUUCAAAGAAUCUAUUGAAAGUUUUACUGGAAAAAAAAUCGGAUUAGAUUUGUCAAUUUGGGAGACCGCAUUUGGUAUGGUUUACUUGGAAACUGUUUUUAGUGAUUACUAUAAUAAAUGGAAACACGUUUAUGAAAAAGCAAAAGAGUGGAUUGAUGAUAAACUCGAUCUUUUCAAAAUCACAUUUGAACAAUUAAAAGGCACUUGUAUGAAUCACUUGAUUGAACUUUGUAUGAAAUUUUAUAAUAAACCAAUGAUCAUUCACACGUUUGAAAUAGAUGAUGAUAAAAUGGAACCCGUUUAUAGAACUCUUAAAGUUCAAAAUGAUAUUAAUUGCUUACUCAAAUCUAUAUUGGAAAAUGAUAGUAUUGUUAGUGUCAAUUCUGGAAAAUUUAAAAUUACAUUUGAUGAUAAAACCAUUGAAACUCUUAAGUAUUAUAUUGAUGCUUGGGGCGCAAGGUGUUUUGAUAAAGAGGUGUUAGUCUCUUUUUUUGCUAUUACAUUUUUGAAUACUUUUUUAAAAGAUGAUAAUAUAUCUAAAUCUAAACGGGAAUCAGCAAGGAAUCGAAUUCAUGAUAAGGUGCAAAAUACUGAAUUAGCGAAAAGCAUAACCAGAGCUUGUGAACAAUAUUUAAGGAAACAGGUUUACGACUUUUUUACAGAAAAUAAUUUAAUGAUAAUAGACUAA